UUUGAUUAACAAUAAUCAUAGCCACCCACCCACCCACCCAACGCCCCCACAAAAGGUCCUAUUCAUUCCCUCUCUAUCUCUUCUUCUUAAGACCCUUUCAAAUAUCCCAUGAGCCUUUAAACCACCACACACCAUCUAUAAUUCCCCAACUGAAGAAGCUCACACGUACAUCUAUCACUCCCCCCAAACCCACACCGUUUUAUUCUCUCAAAUGGGUCUUGAUCAGGAUGCCAAUAGCUCAGGCCUUCACCUCGUUCUAGGGCUUUCUUUGACUGCUAGUGUUAAGGAAACCGCUCCGUCCACCAAGCCCGAUGAUCAUCAUCUUUGUGUUAUCAAGCCAACUCCAACGAAACCUUAUCCUUCCAAAGAACCGUCUUUGACGUUGGGGCUGUCCGGUAAGGGUUACCACGUGCCCAGAAAUAACGUUGCCAUCAACAAGGUUUAUUGUGAGGACCCUCUUGAGUUCUCUAGACAGACAUCACCUCACAGUGUUGUUUCGUCUUUCUCAACUGGGAGGGUCAUCAAGAGGGAGAGAGAUCUUAGCUGUGAAGACAUGGAGGUAGACGCAGAAGAAAGGGUUUCUUCACGAGUGAGUGAUGAAGACGAAGAUGGAACCAAUGCUAGAAAGAAGCUCAGACUCACCAAAGAACAAUCUGCACUGCUAGAAGAGAGCUUCAAACAACACAGCACUCUCAACCCCAAACAGAAGCAAGCUUUAGCCAGGCAGUUAAAUCUCCGGCCUCGACAAGUUGAAGUGUGGUUCCAGAAUCGGAGAGCCAGAACAAAGCUGAAGCAAACGGAGGUGGACUGUGAGUUCUUAAAGAAAUGCUGUGAAACAUUGACGGACGAAAACAGGAGGCUAAAGAAGGAGCUGCAAGAGCUGAAGGCACUGAAACUAGCUCAACCCUUGUACAUGCCUAUGCCUGCUGCCACACUCACCAUGUGCCCUUCUUGCGAGAGGCUCGGUGGCGUUAGCGAUAACGGUUCGAAUAAAAGCCCCUUCUCCAUGGCUCCCAAGCCUCACUUCUAUAACCCCUUCGCCAAUCCUUCUGCAGCAUGUUGAUUAUUGUGGUUAGGUUUUCACUCUUCUAUAAAAAAGACAAGAGUUAUUUCCCACAACCAUUGUAUUUUUUUGGUUGAGGGCGAUGCGUCUAGCCAGGGAAAAUUAAGCUGUAAUUAGCUAAUACUGUUGAGAGUAGUAACUGCUGAUUGAAAUUACCUUUUUCUUUUUCUUCAUCUAUUGUAUGUUUAUAUAAACCGUUAUAGAAGGUGUUCAUCUACGAAGGAGUUAGAUUUUUUUUUUCUUUUGUUGUUCAUUUAUAAAAUUCUCAUGGUAAGUGUAUAUGUACGUGUAUAGAUACACAUAUGUCAAUGUUGUGAAACAUCCAUUUAUCCCCCUUUCUUUGAAAAAGAAAAAGAUAGCUAGAGGGUUCUGGGGGCUAA